CACCACGAGGGAGAGUGUGAGCUGUACCCCCAGCCCUGUGAGCAGUGCAGCCAGCUGGUCACCAGGAGAGACCUGGACAGACACUUGGAGGAAUCCUGCUCCCUCCUCCGCUGUAAAGUCUGCCACACUCUGGUGGAUAGGGAAACUACCAAAGAAGUGAUCGAUGGAAAGCUGGGAAAGCUGCACUUUUCCGACCCGAAAAUAGCCUUUGAACAUUCGCACCACCUUACGAAACAAAUCGAACUCAUUAGCACACAGACAGGCCAAAGUGAAGACGUAGAGUACCUCAAGGAAAACGCAGUACCAAAGACAAAGAUCGUAGAACUGGAAAGGAAAAUGGACAUGGCAUUGACGAGGAUGAACGUGUUGGAGUCAGGGAGGGAGAGCGAGGGAGUGGUCACCAUGAAGACACUACUGCAAGAGAUGCAGAGAACAAUCAAGAACCAAAACAACAAAAUUGAGGGGCAGGCCCGCGACAUUGCCCGACUCACGAGCAAGCUUGAAGUAGCUGCAACCAAAGGACCGUCUAAUGAAUCACUUGUACGUAUGGAUUUCCCGAGAAGUACAGGUUUGAGCACCCAGGAGCAGCUGACUUCUGAGCCAUCCUACGCCGACAGCAGGAUGCUGCAGGUGAUGAAGAGUGUGGAGGAGCUCCAGCGAACGACGUCAGGAAUGAGAGUCCACAUCUCAGAACUGGAGCUACAGUUGCAGGCCUCGCUGGCGAGCACACACACCGGCAGUUUCCUCUGGAGAAUCCCCGAAGUCGCCCGGAGGAAGAGAGAUGCAUUCGAAGGCCGCAUCACCUCCAUCUACUCCCCGCCGUUCUACAGUGGGAGGAACGGGUACAAGAUGUGCAUCCGUGCCUACCUCAAUGGGGACGGGAUUGGGUUCAACACUCAUCUCUCGGUGUUUUUCGUUCUCAUGAGAGGGGAGUACGACCCUCUAUUGAAGUGGCCGUUUGAGAGCAAAGUGUCCCUCGUCCUGGUGGAUCAGAGCAUGCGGCAACACAUCAUCCAGACCUUCAAACCCUCCCCAGACAGCAGCUCAUUCCAGAGACCAAAAUCAGACAUGAAUGUGGCCUCGGGAUGUCCACAGUUUGUGAAACUUUCGAUCCUAGAUGAAGGAAAUUACGUCAAAAAUGACGUAUUGUUUCUCAAGUGCAUUGUAGACACAUCCAAAAUCGUUCAUCCUUAGUUCAUGUGUACAUUUUUGUUUUGUCUUGCCUAUUAGCAUGCUACUCACUUUUUCUCUGUAAUUAACCCUCGGCGCGCAUGCGCAGCAAGUGUUAUAGUACUUUGUUUGUCAUUCUGUCCGUCUGUCUGUCUGUUACCA